CACCGACAGUGACCGUCAAAAAGGCUGUAAAAGUAUUUCAAUUGUAAGAUUUGUUUGUUUUAUAGGUUUUACAUCAGCUGUUUAGCGGUGGUAUUUACCGACAUGUUGCAGGCCUUAAAAGGCGUAAGACAUCUCCAUACCAAUGCAAUGAAACAAGCAGUUUCAGAGCUCUGUGUACCGGUGCCAUGGGGGGAGAUCAGAGGGAAAGUUUGGGGUCCUGAUCAUGGCCGUCCUGUGCUCUGCCUGCACGGCUGGGCUGACAACUGUGGCACAUUCAACACCCUCAUUCCCCAUUUACCCAAAGAGUGCAGGUACGUGGCGGUGGAGCUGGCGGGUCACGGCCGGUCGUCACAUCGUCCUGCUGGAGUUUCCUACUCUUUCCCCACCUAUGUGAUGGACGUACGCAGAGUCGUUGACGCUCUGCAGUGGAGCAAGUUCUCCAUCAUAGGACACAGUAUGGGUGGUAACAUCGCUGGAAUGUUCAGUGCACUCUAUCCAGAGAUGGUGGAUGCUGUCGUACUGCUGGACUCGUAUGGAUUCUUUCCUACAGAUCUGAAAGAGGUCUUUGAAGCGAUGAGGCAGGGGAUGGAUCAGAUGGUUGAGUUUGAAAAGAAACCAGAGGAGAAGAAGACAAGAGUUUACACUUAUGAAAACGCCGUAGAGAGGUUGCAGGCUGCAAACCCCACACUGUCUGAAAAGUCUGCACACAUCCUCUUAGAGCGAGGUCUCGUUCAAGUGGAAGGAGGUGUGGUGUUUACUCGAGACUUUCGUAUUAAUCUGAAAAAUACGGUGCGCAUUACUGCAGAGCAGAGUCUAGAAUUGCAGUCGAUGAUUAAAGCCCCUGUUCUAGUUGUUCUAGCAGAGGACGGCUUUGAGAAAUUAUUUGUUGAACCAGAUAAAAGGACAUUUACAUCAGCAAUGCUGCAGGCCUAUAGGGACAGAAAUCACACUGUGGUGAAGGUACCAGGCGAUCAUCACAUCCAUCUGAACGACCCGGGAGUCGUUGCUCCUCUCGUGUCUGACUUCCUGCGAAGCAAAGUGUUGUCAGAGCCAGCUACACUAAAAGAGGAACAGACCUCAAAGUUAUAGUUAAAAUAUUUAUAAAAAUAACAUUAGUUGUGCCUUAAAUACUUUUACUGAAAGGAGUGUUGGGUGAGAUGAAGAGACUGAUUAAAAAAAACAGCCAAAUUAUAUUAUAUUAUAUAUUAUUUUUGGCGCAGCUUGGAUAUUAUAUUUGAUGCUGUCCUUUGUGUCAAUGUCAAGAUUUCAAGUGUGUGAGACUUCUGUGAACAUGUACAGAAACACUUAUGGUAUGGUACAUAAAGAGAGAUAAUCUUAAAAGAGGACUCCAAAUAUAAAGAGUAUUCAUCCUUAAACUCUUUGAUUCAAAACAAAAAUCAAUGCAUGAUUAGCUUAUUAGAGGAUGUCCCUUAUAUGAUAGAAGGCAUUAUUUUAUGCUUUGAAGGCCAUGGGAUUCAAAUUUGUGUUUUUUGAUCCGUUUUAAAUGUUGACAGUUUUGUCCUCAAGGGUCUAAGUUUCUGUUUUUUUUAGAAUUAUUAUAGGAGAUGAGGUAGGAGACUUUGAACUUUUGGGGGGGAAAAAGCUAAACAUGUUCCUUAUGACAACAACAUAAACAUGUCAAUGACAUUCUCACUAACACUUCUCUCAUUUCCGACCUUGUCGUUAAAAACUGGACAUCAUCAGCUUUGAAAGCUUGUUGUUCAGGCUGCUGCACUCUUCUUUUAGCCCAGUGUCUUCCCUCUGCACAGAUCACUGUGUUAGCCAACUGUGUUAUAUCACCCUGUAGCUGCUGCCUUUGAGGAUGGUUUGAAAUGCACUGUGGCCUGUCAGGUGUUUUAGAAGUCUGCUGCCUAUUGUUCAUAUUUUAACAGCUGCAAAGUUUCUCUGAAGUGUCCGUUUCUUCAUGUUUAAUCUUAACAGUUAGGAAGCUGUGGGAAGAAAGAAAGUAAAUGAGUUUCAGUUGGAGCAGAGGAUGAAUCUUGACUCAACAAGUUACACAGUAGCAUGUGUUCAUUCAUACAGUAUUUAAACUAUGUUUAGGUGGAGUAUCUAUCUAUGAAAUUACAAUUCCUUAGAUCUAUAGCAAUAAUUAUCUGACCAUUUUACUAACAGACCAUACUCAUCUGUUGUAUGGUUGUUGUUUUCAACCACAUUUUUAAUAUUAAAGUUAUUUUUAAUGUAUU